AUGAAGUUGUGCUUCGUUACCGUGGGCGCUACGGCUUCGUUUGAGAAGCUCAUCGAGCAAGUGCUUUCUCCGCAGUUCCUGGAGACCUUGGCCGAACGCCGAUACACCCAUCUUCUUAUUCAGUACGGAAAAGGCGGCAGUGAAGCCUUCAGUUCGUUCGCCAACGGCAAGCAAUCGGCCCAUGGCCUCACCAUCGGAGGCUUCGAGUCCAAGCCAAGCCUUGAUGAGGAACUAUUGAUGACAACCAAACGAGGCGACCAAGAGAAGGGUCUCAUCAUCAGUCAUGCCGGCACUGGAUCUAUUCUUGCAGCCAUGCGCAUUGGCACGCCUUUGAUCGUUGUUCCCAAUCCUGAUCUUGCGGACAACCAUCAGGAAGAGCUUGCGCAGAUUCUGCAAGAACAGAAAUACGUGGUUAGCAGCUCUGUCCAGGAGAUUAGGACUUUGGUUGUUGCGCGUGCCGAGCUUCAGAAAACCCAGAUAUUUGAUUCUCAUCCUGAAAUACAGGAUGAACAUGCGGGAUUCAUGUCUGACGAUCUGGGUUUCCUUGAUUAA